CCAUGUGCGAUUUCCACCCCAUACCAGAGUUGCAAAAACACGGGUCCUUUCUCGAGAACGUGGUCGACAUCCUGUUCAAAAAUGUCGUGUUUACAACUAACCUUAGCAAGGUCGUGCUAUGGAAACAUCCUGAAGAUUUGAAGAAGACCUUCGAUUUUUCGUUGGACCAACAUGGAACAUCGCAUGAAAAACUCUUGGCUCUUAUAAAAAAUACAAUUAAGUUUAGCGUGAAAACGGGACAUCUGUAUUUCAUUAAUCAACUUUUUUCAGGAUUAGAUCCCUACGGAUUGGCCGGACAAUGGCUCACGGACGCUCUGAACGCAAGUAUGUAUACGUACGAGGUUGCCCCAGUUUUCACCCUAAUGGAAACCACGGUAAUUCAGGAGGUGUGUCGGAUGGUCGGUCCCGACUGGCAAGAUGGCAUGUUCUGUCCAGGCGGGUCCAUGGCUAAUGGGAUAGCCAUCCAUUUGGCGCGAUUUAAAUACAACAAGUCCAUUAAGCAUUGUGGCGCAUCUGGCAUGCCUCGUUUAGUAAUGUUUACAUCUGAAGAAUCACACUAUUCGACCCACAAAUUUGCUGCCUUUUUGGGUAUAGGAGAAGAUAACGUAAUAGGAGUUAAAACAGAUGAUGUCGGAAGAAUAAUCCCGGAAGAUUUGGAACGUACAAUUGCAGAGGAACAAGAAAAAGGGGGUGUACCGUUUAUGGUAGUUGCAACCAUGGGGACAACGGUUAGAGGAGCCUUCGAUCCGGUUGAAGACAUUUUCGUCAUAUGCAGACGACACGGUCUGUGGUUACAUGUGGAUGCAGCCUGGGGUGGUGGUUUAAUAUUCUCGCAGAAGCAUCGGUCGAAAUUGAAUGGCAUCGAGAGAGCGAAUUCGAUAGUUAUAAAUCCUCAUAAGCUUUUGGCUGUUCCUCAGCAGUGUUCGCUCCUGUUGCUAAAAGACAAAGCUAUCCUCAAACAGUGUCACUCGAAGGGUGCUGAGUAUUUGUUUCAAAAGGACAAAUAUUACGAUCAGUCCUACGAUCCUGGAGACAAGCACUUGCAGUGUGGAAGGAAAUGUGACGUUUUUAAAUUUUGGCUCAUGUGGAAAGCAAAGGGUUCGUCCGGGUUGGCAAGGCAUGUGGAUGCAAUCUUAGAGACUGCGGAAUACUUUGAGAGUCAGAUAGAAGCACGUCCUGAUUAUCUGCUGGUAUCAAGACGGCAAUUCAUCAACGUGUGCUUUUGGUACAUGCCGCGCUAUCUCCAAGGGAAGACGGACGCAGUAAAGGAAUGCGGAGAACAACUCCACAAAGUUGCUCCGCAAAUCAAGGCUGUAAUGGUUAAGCACGGUUCUGUAAUGAUCGGAUAUCAACCUUUGAAGGAAUUUCCUAACUUUUUCCGAUUCGUUUCCCAGAACUCGGCACUCAGUUUCAAAGAUGUCGACUUCAUUCUGGAUCACAUCAGCGAAAUCGGAAGAGCAAUUUUUCAGUAAACGGUGUAUUUUAAAGUAGCAAUGAGUUAAGGUUCUUUUAGAAUAAGAUAGAUAAAAACAUACUCUGUACUGUUU